AUGGCCAAGCGCAGACAUAUCGAGAUUGACGACAUGAACCUGGACAGUGACAGUGAGGACUCCCGGGCGGAUGAGGACUCGGGCAAUGUGGUGACGCUUGCAGACAUCAUGAAGCAGCUGACGAAAAGUAAUCGACACACCAAGAGGCAGAUGGGCAAGGUCACCACGGACAUCAAGGAGAUAAAGGAAGAGCAGGUGCACAUCAAGACGGCGGCCGGCAAAGCUUUGGUCACCGCCGAGAAAGCGCUCGCGGCAGCUGAGGAGGCAAAUAAGAUCGGUGCCACGAGGUCCACUUCGAGGGCGGCACCGUCGAAUGGGUCAACAGAUGUCCCUCCCGGCCUUCGGUCAGCUCUUCAGGGGGGAGGAGGAGCUGAUGAGUCCCCCGCGAAGUUGGUCAUAGGCGGGUUCGAGGCCUACUCAGAACAGGACGAGAUGCAGCCAUUCGUGGACAUGAUCCUGGAGUGUGUCAUCACAGAUGUGAAGUCCACCUGGUUCAGCAACCCUGGCAACCACGCGACGGUGACUCUCAGUGGCCCUGCGAAGAUGUGGGAGGAGAGGCAGCGCUACACGAAGUUGCUGAAGAUCGCGGAGGAGCUCAAGUCCAAGAAGGGUGACCUCUCCAUGCGCACGCUGGGGGCCAAGCAGGAGGUCAUCGACACUCAGCGCAAGGUGCUGCUCGCCUACAUUGACCGCGACUCGCAGGACACCAAGCUGUGCCAGAGGAACCUUCCAGAUGAGCUGAAGGGCCAGUGGACGGACGCGGACUUCGAGAGGGCUGUUAUCAAGAGGGUGAAUGACUGGACCACCCAGCAGAGG